AUGGCGUUCUGGUGGUCCUUGCUCGUUCUAGCUUUCGCUUUCGCUGUCUGCAAAUUCCUUCUCAUGCUCAUUCCUCCCAAGGUUCCUUCAAUCGAUGUUGACGCUUCUGAUGUGCUGGAAGAUGGAAACCAAUCGCAGGAGAAUAGCUUCAUAUACGUGCCUCCGAGGGGAACGGCGCAGCAAUCAGGCAAGAAAGUUCAGUGCUAUGAGCCUGCUACCAUGAAAUAUUUGGGAUAUGUUCCUGCUUUGACACCAGAUGAGGUCAAGGAGCAAAUUGAAAAAGUACGGAAGGCACAAAAAAUGUGGGCAAAGACCAGCUUCAAGCAAAGGCGCCAAUUUUUGCGUAUACUGUUGAAGUAUAUAAUUAAACAUCAAGCACUAAUUUGCGAGAUAUCGUCACGUGAUACUGGAAAAACAAUGGUAGAUGCCUCUCUAGGAGAAAUAAUGACAACAUGUGAGAAGAUCAAUUGGCUACUGUCAGAGGGUGAACAAUGUCUGAAACCUGAGUACAGAUCCUCUGGAAGAGCAAUGCUUCAUAAAAGAUCCAGAGUAGAAUUUCACCCCCUUGGAGUUAUUGGGGCCAUUGUGUCAUGGAACUAUCCCUUCCAUAAUAUUUUUAACCCUAUGCUAGCAGCAGUUUUUUCUGGAAAUGGCAUUGUGAUUAAGAUAUCAGAACAUGCAAGUUGGUCUGGAUGCUUUUACUUCCGGAUCAUCCAAUCAGCCCUUGCUGCCAUAGGAGCUCCAGAGGACCUUGUUGAGGUGAUAACAGGGUUUGCUGAAACAGGAGAAGCACUGGUGUCUUCUGUUGAUAAAGUCAUUUUUGUUGGAUCUCCUGGGGUUGGUAAGAUGAUAAUGAAAAAUGCUGCUGAGACACUUAUACCAGUUACACUAGAGCUUGGUGGAAAAGAUGCAUUUAUUGUUUGUGAAGAUGUAGAUGUGGAUCAUGUUGCUCAAAUUGCUGUCAGGGCUUUUCUUCAGUCAAGUGGGCAGAACUGCGCUGGAGCUGAACGAUUUUAUGUCCAUAGGAACAUUUAUCCAUCUUUUGUCAGCAAAAUUACCAAAAUCAUAAAAUCUGUUACGGCUGGUCCACCACUUGCUGGGAAGUAUGAUAUGGGAGCUUUAUGCAUGCAUGAGCAUUCUGAAAAGCUUGAAGGUCUUGUAAAUGACGCUUUAGACAAAGGAGCUGAAAUUGUUGCUCGUGGAAGUUUUGGACAUAUAGGUGAAGACGCUGUUGAUCAGUAUUUCCCCCCCACUGUGAUUGUAAAUGUGAAUCACUCCAUGAGAUUGAUGCAAGAAGAGGCAUUUGGACCUAUCAUGCCAAUAAUGAAGUUUAGCUCUGAUGAAGAAGUUAUCAAGCUUGCUAAUGACUCAAAAUAUGGGCUCGGCUGUGCUGUUUUCUCAGGAAGUCAAAGUCAUGCCCGAGAGAUAGCUUCUCAUAUACAUUGUGGGGUGGCUGCAGUUAAUGAUUUUGCAUCAAAUUACAUGUGUCAGUCCCUUCCUUUUGGGGGAGUGAAACACAGUGGAUUUGGACGUUUUGGUGGUGUGGAAGGCCUGCGAGCAUGCUGCCUUGUAAAAUCAGUUGUUGAAGAUAGAUGGUGGCCAUUCAUCAAGACAAAAAUACCUAAGCCUAUUCAGUAUCCCGUGGCAGAAAAUGGAUUUGAGUUUCAGGAGUCACUCGUUGAAGCACUAUAUGGGCUUAGCAUAUGGGAUCGUUUGCAAGCAUUGGUAACCGUUUUGAAAAUGCUUACCGAGCAGAAUAAGAAGGAGAAAUGA